AUGGGUAUGAGAAUGAUCCCAUUGAAAGACUUUACCCCACCUUUCAGAAGGAUUGAUAUGAUUGGAGAGUUGGAAAAAAUGGGUAAUCUUAACAUACCCAAAGACCUAGCAAGUGAUGAAGCCAAUAAAUAUCUUGCGGGUGCAUGUGCAAAAUUUGAAAUCAAAUGUCCUCCACCCCAAACAACCGCACGUCUACUAGACAAACUUGUGGGACAUUUUUUGGAGGAGACAUGUGUUGAUCCUUGUUUCAUAAUGGAUCAUCCGGAAAUCAUGAGUCCUUUGGCCAAAUGGCACAGAUCCAAACCAGGCUUGACUGAACGUUUCGAAUUGUUCAUCAACAAGCACGAGCUUGCGAAUGCGUACACCGAAUUGAAUGAUCCAGUGGUACAACGCCAACGAUUUGCAGAUCAAUUAAAGGAUCUACAAUCGGGAGAUGAUGAAGCGAUGGCUUUGGAUGAGGCGUUUUGUACGGCUCUUGAAUAUGGGUUGCCGCAAACUGGCGGUUGGGGUUUGGGUGUUGACCGUCUUACUAUGUUGUUGACCGAUUCACUGAACAUCAAGGAAGUUAUCCUUUUCCCGACAAUUAAACCACAGGAUGAAAGGUUGUUGGUGUCUUGUCAAGCAGCCCCAAGUACAAAACUAGACAACAUAGAGGUUAUUGUAGAUCGUGUUCGUAAGGAAAUUAAGGAAGAGCUUAAGACAGAUGCGAAAAAACAAGAAAUCGUCAAGUUGUAUGAUGAAAUUGAUGCCAAAAAACAAGAAAUCGCCAAAAUGUAUAACGAAAUCAUAAAGCUCAACCAAGGAAACCUACCAUCUAGUUAGACUUUGACACUUUUAGUUUUUUUGUGAUUUGGUUUCAAACUUUCAAUACUUUGAUAUUGAACUUUAUUUUGGUAGUCGAAUGUUAAUGUUUUGUUUUGAUUUUGGGGAAUAAAAUUUGAAUUUCAUUUGUGAA